UUAUCGGCUUCUACUACCGAGUACCGGAGUUCGGGAGUUCGCAUCAUAGAUUAACGGAAUACAAUAAUACAUUCAACAUUGCGCUCGCUCAUGUAUUUAAUAAUAUAAAUUAUAAAUGGCGCGGCGUUACGAUUCAACUGUCACUGUCACGACUUACGAGUCUAUUUGUGAAUGAUAUAUAAAAAAGAAUAUUGUUUUAAAUACGAAAGACGUGCGAUUCUCAAAACCGUACUUAGAGGAACUGAACGGACAUAACUAAUAUUUGUCAAAGUGCUUAUUGAUAUUUAAUUAAGAAAAUAUUUACAUUUUAAAAUGAACACACCGUUUGAAAUGGAAAAAUGUCCUUGGGAUCAGAGUACUUAUGUUGGACGAUGGCAUUAUUAUUUUUGGGUAACAAACCCUAUGCUAUGUUUAAAAACGGAUCAAGAACUUGAAAAAGCCAAGUCUUUACGUUCAUCCUAUCUAAAUGGUACACUUCCACCUGGUACAACUACUGAACAAUUGUUAGCCGCCAAACAGAUUUAUGAAAGUUCAUUUCACCCUGAUACUGGACAAAAACAAAAUGUAUUUGGUCGAAUGUGCUUUCAAGUCCCUGGGGGUAUGGCGAUUACUGGAGCGAUGUUGUCUUUUUAUAAGACUGUACCAGCUGUAGUGUUUUGGCAAUGGAUUAAUCAGUCAUUCAAUGCUUUGGUCAACUAUACCAAUCGAAAUGCUAACUCUCCCCUUAGUCAAACUCAAAUGGCCACUGCUUACUGUUCAGCAACCAUUGCUGCUUGUGUGACAUCCAUAAAAUUCAAACAAUACCUAACCAACAAUGCUUCACCUUUUUUUCAAAGAUAUGUUCCAUUUGCCGCGGUUGCAGCUGCAAAUUGUGUGAACAUACCAUUGAUGCGCCAGACUGAAUUAUUGAAAGGUGUAGAUGUUUAUGAUGCCGAUAAAAAUAGAGUUGGCUGUUCAAAAUUAGCUGCUGCUAAAGGAAUAUCCCAAGUAAUAGUAUCAAGAAUUGUUAUGUGUGCACCUGGAAUGGUAUUGUUACCUGUUAUAAUGGAAAAACUUGAAAACAAAAGUACAUGGUUUAAGCGUAAUACCUGGAUCCAUGCUCCAUUCCAAACACUUGCUGUUGGUUGUUUUUUGAUUGGUAUGGUGCCAACUGCAUGUGCCCUGUUUCCUCAGUUCAGUUCCAUUAAAUUAAGUACUUUGGAGAAAUUUGAGAAUGCUGCAUACUGUGACAUUGUGAACAACUGUAAGAAUCCACCUGCUGUUGUGUACUGCAAUAAAGGACUUUAACAUUACAAUCUCAUUUACUGAUAGUGUCUUUAAAAAUGUACUCAUUAGAUUUACCUAUUUAUUGUGAAAUAAUUUUUAAAAAACCAAUAUUUAACUAGGGUGCACAUAAUCACUAAAGACAAUUACAGGAAACUGAUAUAUGGCUUGCUAGAACUUUUGAUAAUACUGGGUAGUUGAAAAGUACAUAUUAUGUCAGCAUUACAUAUUAUAUUUUGUUUUUACUGACAUUUGUUUGCAUAAUAAUCGUCCAAUUAAUAUUUUCUUUUUUUUGAUACAAUGUUAAUUUUGAUAUACAUUUUUCUGUUUUACCUAUAUGUUUUUAAAAAUCAAAUGUAAUAACUAAUUUAUAUGUAUCAAGUGCUUCCAACGUAGUAUUUUAAAUUUAUAAAUUAAGUAAAUUUGAUGAAAAAAAAGUGUAAGCUGUAAGUUAUAACAUGAUCAUUACUUAUUAGAAUCAAGUGAAUGUCAUAGCUUAGAAAAAUAGUCGAUAAUUAUUGUAAUUUAUUUCUAUACACAUAUUUAUAAAUAUUAAAGAUCUGAUUGUUUUGUUUACUAUUAUUUUUACUUAUGAACCCAAUCAAUAUAUCUAAAUCUUUUUAUUUGUAUAAUAAUAAGCUUUAAACAUCACUAUUUAACUGAAUGUUCCAAUAGUAGUAGUUAUUAUAUGAUGAAUUAUUUAAAUAAGCAACAUACUUGUAACAUUUAGUGAUUACAUACUUAUAUUCAAUAAAAAAAAGUUGAUAUAUUAUCAUUA